AUGAAAGGUGAGCCCGUUGAAUAUGGCGGGUACCCUAAGCGAAUUUGGUUGAUUGUGGGCACUGGAGCUGCCUCGAUGUAUUAUCUUUGGCAUCGUGGAAAUGCGAGUGCGCAAGCCGCAGCCGGAGAAGAAGCACAAACUCACGAGGGGUCGAACAAGGAGAAAAUCACCUCACUAGAAAACAGUGUGCCUAAAAAGGAUCGCGCAUAA